AUGACUUUGAUCCCCGUCUUCAUCUGGACACUGAUCCUCUGGACUCAAGAGUGCAGAGGUCAAGUCACAGUAACUCAGACUCCUGCAGUAAAAUCUUCUCGUCCAGGAGAAACAGUCACCAUCAACUGUAGAACCAGUCAGGCAGUGUACACAGACUCAUCUGGUGACCGCUUAAACUGGUAUCAGCAGAAACCUGGAGAAGCUCCUAAACUCCUGAUCAAAUUUGCAAAUCAGCUACAGUCAGGUUUUCCAGCUCGUUUCAGUGGCAGUGGAUCUGGAUCUGAUUUCACUCUGACCAUCAGUGGAGUCCAGACUGAAGAUGCAGCAGAUUACUACUGUCAGAGUUACCAUUCCAUCAGUGGCUAUGAGUUCACACAGUCAACUUCACCCACAGCUACCAUGACUUUGAUCCCCGUCUUCAUCUGGACACUGAUCCUCUGGACUCAAGAAUGCAGAGGUCAAGCCACAGUAACUCAGACUCCUGCAGUGAAAUCUGCUCGUCCAGGAGAAACAGUCACCAUCAACUGUAGAACUAAUCCCCAGGUGUACCAAAGUUGGGGUUAUCAACCUUUAGCUUGGUAUCAGCAGAAACCUGGAGAAGCUCCUAAACUACUGAUUAUAAAAGCAAAUCAGCUACAGUCAGGUUUUCCAGCUCGUUUCAGUGGCAGUGGAUCUGGAUCUGAUUUCACUCUGACCAUCAGUGGAGUCCAGACUGAAGAUGCAGCAGAUUACUACUGUCAGAGUUUCCAUUAUAUCAGUAGUAAAUAUGUGUUCACACAGUGUUAUAGAGUCGUACAAAAACCUCCCUCAGUCAGAUUGUAGAGAGACUGCACUGCUGCAGCUGGGAGCGACUGCAGGUGCUGAGUUGGAGGAUGUGAUACGACACAAUGACACUCUGUAGAAGA